GUGCGCGGGUGUCUGUUUGGAGAGGAGAGGCUUUGGUGACAGGCGAGGGUGGGGGGAAGAGUUCAGCCCGAGUCAGUCUCAUUCACUGAUUUCUCCGCGCUGGACAGAGGCUGCCUCCCCAAGAGGCUCCCAACUACUCCUGCACCUCCGUAGUCCCACCUCCGGCCGCUGCACUCUCAGCCUGGCAGACUGACGGACGGCUCGCUAGUUAGUAGCUUCACGCCCGAGGGUGUCGGGAGCCCAGGCGGCGAGGACCGGGCGCCCCUGGAGGAGCAGCUGGGCGAUAUGCCGUGCGGGCAGCGACGCUAAGUGCCCCGACGCUGGGCGCGAGGUGCGUUCGCUCCUGGCCGCGGGCCGAGCGGCGGCGGCGGAGGGAAUGAGCCCGGGGCGCGCCAGGCGCCUGCCGCGUGCUACCGCCCCGAGGUGGACGCUAAGCAGGGUUCAUCGCAGGAGCGCGCGGACACCUGCCCUCCGGGGCACGCGGCUGCGGUCAGGAUGCCCUGGGCGCCUCCCUGCUGGUGAGGAUGUCCUGCUGCGCGGCUUUGCACCCGUCCCAGGUGGGCACGAUUGAGUGCGCCCGGCUUCGGCCUCUCGUGCCUGUAGAUGAAAAGCUCCAGAGUCCUUGUGGGCGAUCAGCGAUCGAAUCUGAAUCCUAAGAGCCAUGGACGAAGGUACUGGGCUGCAGCCCCGGGCUGGAGAGCAGCUGGAGGCACGGGCCACAGUAGGAGCUGUCCAAGAGAAGGGCGAGCCAGAGACCUUUAGGUCUAAGAGUUUACCGGUGCUGAGCAGCGCCUCCUGCCGGCCGAGCCUCAGUCCUGCGAGUGUAGACGCCAAGCCAGCCUUCGGCUGUAGGGAUUCUUUGGGCCACCAGGAGCUGAAGCCAGGCCUGAACCCGUUGACACCCAGCCCCUCUGCCCCGUCCACUUCGGCGGGGAUGGCAGGGCUCGUGGACUGUAACCACAGGAUGGACGUCAGCAAAACCGUCUCGGUGUCCUCCGCGCUGGCCACGCUGCAGGAGAGAAGGUGCCUCUAUGUGGUCCUCACCGAUUCCCGCUGCUUCCUGGUUUGCAUGUGCUUUCUGACCUUCAUCCAGGCGUUAAUGGUCUCCGGGUAUCUGAGCAGCGUCAUCACCACCAUUGAAAGGCGCUACAGUCUGAAGAGUUCCGAGUCGGGGCUGCUGGUUAGCUGCUUUGACAUCGGGAACCUGGUGGUGGUGGUGUUCGUCAGCUACUUUGGCGGCCGGGGUCGGCGGCCCCUGUGGCUGGCCGUGGGCGGACUUCUCAUCGCCUUGGGGGCUGCCCUCUUCGCCUUGCCUCACUUCAUCUCGCCUCCCUACCAGAUCCAAGAGCUGAACGCCUCAGCCCCCAACGACGGCCUGUGUCAGAAUGGCAACUCCACGGCGACUUUGGAGACCCCCGCCUGCCCGAAGGACUCGGGAGGAAAUAAUCACUGGAUCUAUGUGGCUUUAUUUAUUUGCGCACAGAUUCUCAUUGGAAUUGGCUCCACACCUAUUUAUACUCUGGGACCAACCUACUUAGAUGACAAUGUCAAGAAAGAAAACUCAUCCUUGUACCUAG